AUGUCAGGUCUUUUUAAUCGAUUAAAAAGUCGUAAAACCACACCUAAUAGUACGAAUAACAGCAAUACUAUUACGACUGAAAAUGAACCAACAACACCAGCAUGUACAUUUGAUGAAGAAGGUUUUCUUUGUCCAAUGUGUCAUCAAAAAUUUAAUGAUCAUACAGCACUUGCACAACAUUAUACAGACGCUCAUACACAGGAACCUGUAAUAGAAAAAGAAAAUACAACUAAAGAUAAUAACAAACAAGAGAAUGUUGAUAGCGAUAUUGCUUUAUGGAAACAACAAUUUAUGGCAUCAGAAGAAACUCGAAUGAUAUUAAGCAAUGAAUUAAUACAACAGAAACAACGAACUAAUGAUCUUGAAGAAGAACUUCAAUUAAUACAAAAACAUUUAAAAUCUACACAAACAAAAGCAGCUGAACAAUCACAAGAAAUUGCAAGUUUAAAAGCUACAAAAGAUGUCUACGAGACUCAAUUCGCUAUUUUUACUAAUGAACUUCUUAAAACACAAGAUGAAUUAAAAGAAAAAGAACAACAAAUAACUACUUUACGCAAUGAUCUCAUUCCAAGAUCGACUACUGAUGAUGUUGAUGUACUCAAGCGAGAAUUAAUUACUGUUCAACAAUGUAUGAAUGAAAUGGCAUUAGAAAAAGAACAACAAAUUGAUAAAUUACGAAAUAUUCUCAUGGAAAAUUAUCAAUCUGUACUUAAAUUAGAACGAGUAGAAACGAAAUUCAAUCAAAGUUUAUCAAUUCAUGAUGAAUUAAUUAAUGAAAAUACUUCACAAAUUGGACAUGAAAUUAAUGCAAUAAAACAAUUUGUUCGAAUAACUCAUAAACGACAAGAAAAUAUCAAGAAUGCUGUUAAAUAUAUGCGUAAUCGUCUUCUAGAGAAUCAAACUGAAAUGAAACAACUUAAACAGACAAAUAUUCAAUUACAGAAUGAUUUACAAAUUGAACAAAGACAAAUAAAUUCUUAUCGAAAUCAAAUUGAAACAUUAAAUAAUGAAAUUCAUCUAUUAGAAAAAACUUCGAAUGAAUUGAAAGAAGAAAAAAAUCAAGUUAUUCAAACGAAAAUUGGCGAUGAUCAAGAUAAUGAUAGACAAAAUUUUGUUCGACAGAUUCUACAAGAAAAAGAUCAAUAUGAACAACAAAUAAAAGAAUGUCGAAUACAAAUUAAAGAACUAAAUAAUCAACGACAACAAAUUCAAGAUGAAUGUGAUCAUAUGUCUAAACAAAUUUUACAAAUAACGAAUGAGAAAAAUCAAUUACGGAAUGAACAAAUACGAGUUAAUAAUGAAAUGGAUUUACUCAAGAAACAAUCUGAUGAGAAUAACAAAGAUAAAGAACAAAAAAUAAAUGAAUUAAAACAUCAAAUAUCUACCUUACGUGAACAGCAUAUUAGCACAGAAAACAGUCUUCGAAUAGCCAAGGCACUUAAUAAUAAUCAGAAUCAAGAAAUAGAUACCUUAAAAACUGAUUCAAUAAGUCAAGUAAAACGAUUUGAAAAAGAAAGAAAUGAUUUAAAACAAACAAUCAAUCAACAAGAACAAUUACAGAAUGUAAUUAAAGUACAAUUAAAUACUAUUGAAAAAGAAAAAUACGAUAUUGAACAACAAGUACAAAUUAAACAACAAAUAAUUGAAGAAUUAUAUGAUAAAUUAGAUCAUAAAAAUAAUUCAAUUAAACGAUUAUCUGUUGGUAUUCAUCGUAGUCUUGAUAUUGCACAUAAAACUCAUGCAUAUAUCGAACAAAAUAUUCAUAAAAAUCAAAUGAAUAUAUUGACUAUGAUUGAACAGACUAAACAAGAGUCUCAAUCAAUGCGUACACAGACAUUAGAACAAAUUCGUGAAGAAUUUACUUCUUAUUUAUCUAUUUAUCAUACAUUAUUUACUGAUAGUAAGGUGACUAAAUUCAAUGAACAAAUUGAAAAAGAUAAUAUAAAAUUAAACGAACAACAAGAACAAUCUGAAAAACAAUUGAAUAAAAUAAAACAUGCACAUGAUAAAUUAAUUGAUGAACAUCAUGAACAAAAACGAAAAUUUGAAAUACAACUUGGUGAACUUAAUAAUAAUUUAUUACAGGUUUCAGAGUCAUUAUCUGAUGCGACACAAGCAGUUGAUACUCAACGAGAAAAAUAUGAAAAACAAAUUACAUCAUUAAAACAUGAUCUGGAAUUUCAAAUUAAAAAAAAUGAAAUGCAACUAUCUGCAUUAAAAGAAAACUUAGCAACUGUACGAACUGAAUUAAGAGCUGCGAAUGUAAAAGUAGCAGAACUUGAACAUAUUAAAGCAGAAAAAGCUGAUACGGAUGCACGUUUAGCUGUAAGUCAAGAAGAACGACGUGUUUUAUUAGAAAGAUCAUUAGCAAACGAAAGCAAAAAUGAAAAACUUAUAGCUGAAAAUGCUCAAUUAAUUAAGAAAAAUUCCAAUUCAGAAGCAGCUUUACAAGAAAUGGCUCGAGAAUUUCAAAGUCAACAAAUUCAACUAAAUAAAGUAAGUCAACGUCGAUGGAUAGAUGAUGAUGAUAUUAAUUCAUGUAUGAAAUGUCAUCAAACAUUUUCUGUCACACAACGUAAACAUCAUUGUCGAAAUUGUGGAAAUAUCUUUUGUGACCCUUGUUCAUCAAAAACAGCUGUUGUUGCAGCAACAUCAAAAAAACCAAAACGUGUUUGUGAUCAAUGUUAUAAAGAUUUAACUUCUUAA